AAAUGACAAAAAAAUAAGAGUGACACUACCACACUGCUGCAGGGCCCGUCUCGUGCUCCUUUCCAGUCUGGCUUGUCUUCCGCCCGCCCCCUCGUGCUCCUUCAGUCAGCUCAUCAGUCCUCUCCGUCUCGUUCACAAGUGAGAAGACGAGGAAUUCUUUCUUCUUCUUCUUCUUCUUCUCACUUGCAUCCGGAGACAAAGUAAAGAAAUUUGGAGCACAUAGAUAUAGAUAAAAGAACAGUCUUUCCUUUGCAGCUUCUCGGUUGGUGAGAGCCUGAGAUUUCAGGAGUGGAGGAGAAAGUAUCAGGCAAGCUCCUAACUUUGACUGCCGCUGCCGUGCUUCCUGCUUAGCCCAUUCCAAAGUCGCUCUCUCUCUGAACCUAUCUUUCUGCCUCCCCUUUCCCCGUCCCUUCCCGGAUCGGAGCUCCCCUCCCCGGGACGCUGCUGGUGCUGGCCUCUUCCCCUCGGAUCAGCUCGGCCUUCGCAACAUAGCCAAGGUUUGUUGCUGUAAGCCUAUUUCUUCGUGUCUUUGUGCUCCAGUUUCAUUGCAUCUUAGCAAUGAGGUGCCUGCCUUUCUUGCAUGGAGAGAUCAAAGAAGAGGAUCCCAUCACCAAUUCGGCCUCUGUGCUGUCCUUAAGCACCACAUCGACGGAGCGCGAUGUCCGCUCCGGCUCAGACCUCAACUCCAUGAAUGUCUCUGACAUGAGUGCCGAGUCAAUACGGAGGACGCAGUACCCCAGCUUCACUGACCGGCCUAGUAACCUCAGGGUGUUCUCCUUCUCUGAACUGAAGAAUGCCACCCGAAAUUUCAGUCGAUCAUUCAUGGUUGGAGAGGGUGGCUUUGGCAGCGUAUACAGGGGCAUCAUCAAGACCCCUGACGAACCUAGUGAACGAAUUGAGAUCGCUGUUAAGCAGUUGAAUCGUAAAGGACUUCAGGGGCAGAAGGAGUGGUUAACAGAAAUGAAUGUUCUUGGAAUUGUUGAGCAUCCGAACCUAGUUAAACUAAUAGGCUACUGCGCUGAAGAUGAUGAGCGAGGAGUACAACGACUUCUAGUGUAUGAAUAUAUGCCUAAUGGAAGUGUGGAUGAUCACUUGUCGAGUAGGUCGACUUCAACUUUAUCAUGGCCAACGAGACUAAAAGUAGCUCUUGAUUCUGCCCGGGGACUGAAGUAUCUCCAUGAAGAAAUGGAUUUUCAGGUUAUUUUCCGAGAUCUGAAAACAUCAAACAUUCUGUUGGAUGAGAACUGGAAUGCAAAAUUGUCAGACUUUGGUUUGGCUAGACAUGGGCCAUCGGAAGGUCUGACCCAUGUCUCUACAGCGGUAGUUGGAACUCUAGGCUAUGCUGCGCCUGAGUACAUGCAGACUGGGCGCCUCACUGCGAAGAGUGACAUAUGGAGUUACGGCGUGCUUCUGUAUGAGCUCAUCACUGGCCGCCGUCCCAUUGACCGGAACCGCCCAAAGAGCGAGCAGAAACUCUUGGAGUGGGUGAAACCAUACAUCUCUGACGUCAAGCGGUUCCCCAUCAUCGUAGAUCCACGACUGGAGGGGCACUGCAACCUCAAGUCCAUGACAAAGCUGGCCAGCGUUGCAAACCGCUGUCUCGUCCGGAUGCCAAAGUCCCGCCCAAAGAUGAGUGAUGUGUAUGAGAUGGUUCAAAAGAUUGUUGACAGCAUUGAGACCGGCACACCACAGCCUCCUUUGCACUGCCAUGGGUUGGUUUCUGAACCAGGUACGAAGCGGCCAAAGAAAGGGUCACUGAAGAGAAGGUUCCGAGAAUUCAAAUUUGGUUGCAGGCAGAUUGUAUGGCGAGGCUGGAAGCCUGAGAUCAUAAAGACCUUCUAAAAAUAUGGUAGCUCCUUGCUGUAAGUAUAUAGCUGUUAAUAGGGAUAAGGUUGUUUCUCUGCAUCCUUCUUGUGCAUCCUUCUUGUCGUUAGGGUGAGUUCAUACCAGGUGCACAAUUGAGUCACGGUGUGCAACUUUUUAUCUUGUAGUGUUCUGUGUAAUUCACAUGGUUUUGAGUAACACAAUCUAAGCUGCAAGGUGGUGAUCGAUAGGCCCCUUGCCUCCCCCCCC